GGAGGUAAAAAUAGUAACAGGUAUCAGAUCUCUUAAACCCCCCAGUCCGAGUGCUGCAGCUGAACUGCUGAAACAAAGAGGAUUGAAGAUCGUGUGCAGACACACAGCUCUUAUUUCACUCACUCCUGCUCCAUCUUCAACAACAACAACAACAACAACAACAUUAGAUGAUUUAUGAAGAAUCUGCGGGAAGUCCACAGACGAUUAGAGGGAACUAAAGUAACGACACAACAGCAAACCAACAGGGCCAGGACCCUUCUGGUGGUUGUUAUGGAGUAUGUAAGAUAUGAAGAUGAUGAAGAUGAUGACGAUGCAGAGACUCAGUACAUGAUUGAACAAAGUCUGCUGGAGAGCAACAAACAGAAGGAAACACAGCAAGGUUCGACAACACCAGCCAGCAAAAGCUCUGAGCCUGAGUCCGCUGACAGCAGUGCAAUCUUCACUGCUAUAAGACAAGGUAAUGAGAAGCUCUUGAAGGGUCUCAGUGUCCAGCAGACAGACAGGUUUUCACAGACAGACAGCCGCGGAUGGACUCCUCUCCACGAAGCUGCAGCUCAGAGAAACCAAAACAUUCUGGAGCUCACAUUCAAAGUUUCAGGCUCUGUGGACUGUCGGACUCUGCGAGGACAGACUCCUCUGCUCCUGGCAGUAGAAGCAGGUCUGAUAGAAAACGCAUCCUUUCUCCUCCAACACGGAGCCAAGCCGGACAUUCAGGACUGUGACCUGGACUCGCCGCUGCUCUUAGCAAUCCGCUCAGGCCGCGCUGAAAUGGUGCAGCUGCUGCUCCAUCAGGGCUCCUGCGUGAACAAGGAAGGCUUGCACGGCCGCCGCCCACUCCACGAGGCCUCCCGGCUGGGUAACGUGGAGCUGGUUACCAAACUCCUGGAGGCCGGGGCGCGGCCAGACCCCCGCAGCCACUACGGGCUCACUCCGCUAGCUCUGGCUGCUCAGAACGGAGACCUGGAGGUGAUGGAGAUUCUGCUGAGGAGAGGGGCGGAUGUCCUGUCCCAGGCGCAGGACGAGGCGUCCAUCCUGUACGAGGCGUCUGCGUCUGGAGACCCUGCUGUCAUCAGUCUGCUGCUGGAAUACGGCGCCGACGCCAACGUCGCCAAAAACACAGGACACAUGCCGAUCCACCGCGCCGCACACAGAGGGCACCUGCAAGUUUUAAAUCAGCUGAUUCCAGUCACUUCUAAGGGAGAAGUGGACGACAGUGGGAUAAAUCCACUACAUUCUGCUGCUGCAGGCGGACAUGCACACUGCAUCAAGGCCUUGCUGGAUGAGGGGUUUGACCCCAACGACAUGCUCCAUCCCUGGGUUCAGCGUAGCUAUGACGACGGAAGGAAGUCAGCACUCUUCUUUGCAGUCUUGAAUAAUGACGUGCCGUCAGCCAAACUACUGCUGGAGGCCGGUGCCAUGGCCAACCAAGACCCAAUCAAAUGUCUGCAGGUUUCGUUGCGUGUGGGCAACUAUGAGUUGAUCAACCUGUUGCUGAGGUAUGGAGCCAACGUCAACUAUUUCUGCAAAGUAAACACAACUCACUUCCCCUCAGCACUGCAGUACGCCCUUAAAGAUGAGGUGAUGCUUAGGAUGCUGUGUAACUAUGGUUACGAUGUAGCACGCUGUUUUGACUGUCCCUACGGUAACAGCUCCCACAUCCCUGAAGACUACGAGGGAUGGAGCGACACCGUCAUCAAAGACACCAUGUUCUGCGAGGUGAUCACUGUCUCCUGGCUGAAGCACCUCUCAGGUCAGCUGGUGCUCGUCCUGUUGGAUUACCUGGAUCAUGUGACCCUUUGCUCCAAGCUGAAGGCGGCAGUGAUGGAGCAGAAGCAGUGGCCGGACAUCUGCAGGCUGCAAGAAAAUGCCCGCUGUCUGCAGCACCUCUGCCGGCUGCAGGUGCGUUGUUGUCUCGGGCGCCUUCGCCUCCGUUCGCCGGUCUUCAUGAGCUUCCUGCCGGUGCCGGAGCGCCUGAAGGACUACAUCCUUUACCGGGAGUACGACCUGUAUGGCCGCCAGAGCAGCACGCCGCGCUGACGGGGAAAUACACUUUUUUUGUCUUUAUAACUCAUAAAACAAACAGAAAAUAAAAAGUUACGGAACCCGUAAAGGGACAUGGGGAAAUAAAAAAAAACUUAAAUUGUUCUCGUGCUCGGUAAUUUUUGGGAUUUAUCAGCACGAGAAACUUUCGCGUGGAGCACGGGAAACAUUUUUUUAUUUUUUAUUUCCCCAUGUCCCUUUACGGGUUCUGUAGAAAGUUAAGGUUAUAGGUCAUUUUAAAUAACGUUGCAGUUGUCACAGUUGCAGCCGUUGGUACAGUGGUGGUUCUUGGGGGGCCCGGCUGGGGCCAGUUAUUUUGUGAGGGGGUAAAAUAAACGAGCAAAGAACGACAAAGACAGUAUAAAACAUAAAAUACCGUAAUUGGUAUUUGUUUCUGUACAGGUAUUUAUUUCAGUAACUUUAAGUUACAGUUCUUUGUUUCAGUACUUCUUUUAGUAACUUAGUUACAAUUGUAUUAGAUUACACAAACAAUAUGAGCUGGAACAUGAAUAUCAGGCAAUUAACAAUCUCUAAUGUACAUCAGGGUCUCUGCAUCCCUGGCUAAAGUUUUUCUAAUUUCAUAUUACAGCAACAAUAACCUGCGGUUUUGGGGAUUUUUGGCUAACCAAUAAACAAAUGAGUCAUGAUUAAACGCCUUUGACCUCCUUGACUCAAAACUUAGCACACCAAGAUUGAUCAGCCUCUCAUCAAUCAGGGUGGAUCUGAGAAAAGUUUUGACCAACUUCAGUGGAAAAUCUUUGCUCACAAGUAGGAGAACUGACUGGGGUCGCUCUCUUGCAGAGUCUGAAGAGCUCAAAAACACUUCUUCAUAAGGCUCAAUGAACUGAACCAUCUCUACUGUACGACUGGGUCUCUGCAUCCCAGUCUGUAUUUUCCUUUCCAAACUUAUGCUGAAGUGAUGUAUUUCAUGCCCCAAGUCAUUAAUUUUUUCAUAAUACAAUUGAGCAAAAAGUCAUCACUUUUUGGGUCAAGAGCUUGGAUUGUAUUCAUUAAGUCACAGUUUGUCUUUGAAAACCAUUUAUUAAGCUCAUGUAUCAUCUGAUCAAUGAUAGGGUUGAAAAAAGCUGUACGAUACCUGUCUAUCUGGAUCUGUCUCUCUCUGCCCAACUGAAAUCAGUACACAGUGUUCAGCAAGUUUAGAGCGAAGUCUUUUCUGUUGUUUUGCUGCUGGCUGUAUUGCAGUAUCACUUUGCUCACAAACGUUCAAAACUUAAUUCCACAAGUUAAUUAAACUAAUUAAUGUUUGAACUAAAGAUUCAACUUAAUCAACAACUUUUGAAAAGUCAAGUGAUGAAGAUUGUAACAUAUCGGAGAGAAGUUUUUGUUUCUCCCAACACGCAGUUUUACAAGAUGCACAAUGAGUUCAAGAUCCGACUGAAAGCAGACCACACGCCUCAAUAGAUCUCUCACCAUUGCAUUCUUGGGAUAUGUCUUGCAGUACUCUCUUAAGGGCGGGCAAUCUAUCCAUAAUAUUACGAAGAUAUAUUAACCUGCAUGCCCAUCUGCUGUCACUUAAUUGUUGGAGUUCUCUUAGUGCACUUUCGUACAUCUGCUCUGCUUCUGGGACAGCUUUGACUGCAUCUACCAAAACUAAAUUUAGACAGUGAGCAUUGCAAUGAAUGUAAAAGGCAUAUUUAGCUUACUCUCUGAUUCUAGCCUAGACCCCUGAGUGUUUACCACUCGUGAUGGCAGCCCCAUCAUAUGCUACAAGGUUGUUUUUGUAAUCAAGACAGUAACUUUCCAAUAUGUGAAUUGUUUUCGUAGCUGAAAAUGCAGAAAAACUCUCCUUGAUAGCGCCAUUGAAGUAGUACCUGAGUACCUGAGUACUAGAGAAGUCUGUUCUUUUGUUUCAUCUGCCAAGAUGCUAAAGACUUUACUGUGUCUCACUUUGAACCCAGAACUUAAUUCUGAAUGUUUCUACUUGAUUUUCUUACUACCUUUGUCAAGGUUAGCAAUUGUCUCUAGAAUUGCAUUGAAGUUCCCUUGAUUAGCCGAGCCUGCAGACUCAUGGUGUCCUCUUCAGGCUAUGUUUUGUGUUGCAGUAAGUAACAGCACUUCCCCUAUAGUUUUUAUAUAUUCCCGGUUUUCUCUAAUGUGUUUAUUAUAUAAUUUGUUAAGAACAUUUGCCAGUGUUGCAUUAUUUGUUACAGCUUUCUGAUGGGCCUUCCAUGCAAUCAUAGCUUGUUUGUGCCUUUCAGAUCUGGCAUGGAUUGCAAAUCCCCCCACUUUGUACGUUGUUUUCGUCAAGUUUUUGAAUCCGGAAGGUGAAUCAAAAACUGUGCAUGUGAUUUUAGGAGGGCUAAGAUGUCUGCUGGCAUAACAGUAUGCAGAGUCCAACAGUUGAGAGUACUCCUUUUCCGGUCCCCCAUCAAGGUCCUUGGAAACUAUUUUAAGCUUUGGCUGCAUUGCUGGCUCUUCUUUACAUUUGCUGAUAUCUGUGGAGAAAUAUAAACCAAAUAAAUGUGACUCUUGAUCUGUCGCUCACUGCUCUGUGCCCUCACUUUCAAACCAGUCCUCUGGGUCUCAAUCUCCAGUUCCUCCUGUGUCUAUGCCUGUCUGUCUGCUUCAUCAUUUUUGUUUUUUUGGGCCGAAAGAAGGACAUGACGUUUUCAUUUUGAAGAACUAUAGAGCAAAAACAAUGGAGAGCACAACAAUUCAGCAACCCAGAAUAUUAAUGUAUAACUACUAUCUUACUAUUGCUGUCGUGCUUCAAUUAUUUUAAGUUGCAGUAGUCUUCUCGCUCACAGUUUAAAACUAAAUAAUAUAAAGAUGAUCAUAAUGUAUAGCCAGGCACCAACUCAAACUAACUGUUUGGGAAGAUAUAAAUGUUCCUCCACACAUUACCGCACACUCUACACGACAUGUGACGUCUCGUCUGAGCCUUUCAAUGAAAGCAAACUGUUAAGUAAACGUAUGUUAGCCAACAACUACAUCUACUGACCAUGAGUCUUUCCUUGUAAAAAUUAAACAGAUACAAUAGUUUUACAAGAACAAAAACAUAAUGUGACAAGGAAUAGCUUUUUAAAGCUGUUGAAAUAGUCUUAUUUGACAAUGAGUGCUAAAGUUAGCUUAGCUUGCUAACUAUUAACUGAAUGUAGCGUUGUUACCUUGCUACACCAACAGCAGCAGUUUUAAAUGUUUAGGCCAAAUAGUUUUUAUGUUUUCAAUCAGUUUUUUCUGAUAAAGAAGGGUUAAUGUGUUUUUUCAGGAAAUAAGGCGUAUUUCAUUGUCUUUAGCUUAAUGUCAAGAGAUGUCUUUAUUUAAAUCUGUAAAACAUGUUGCAGGGGAUUUUCUUGUUUUUCUGGUGAUCCAUUUUCUAAAGCUAAUGUUAAUCAUUUACCAGAUGAAAGGCGCCAUUGUUUUGGUUACAUUUUACUUUCUCUUACUUAUAUAUGUUGUUUAUAUGAUCAUGAAAAAUUCUUCCCAAAACUGGUUGAAAUCAUUUUCUAGAGGUUUAGGGUUCUGAUUUAGUUCCCUAUUCCUUUUGGUCAAAGGUUAUUUAUUUAUCAUUUUAAUUUGUGAUGUUGAAGUACUUGACUCAUCUCUGCACUAGCUGCUGCUAAUGUUAAUUGUAAAGGAUUACUGAAUCAUCCCUCUGUUACUUGGUGUACUUGAAAUCAACUCUGUAUACAAGAGUGAUUUUCUUUCGUUUCAUUUUCAGAAGUUUAAUAGAAAUGUCGUUUAAAUUGCAGUUUGAAAGGUGACGUCUGUUCGGCCCCUGAAAAGAUCAAUUUCUAAAUAUUUUUU